AUGGCGUUGAAUCGAUCAGCAUGUAGUCCGAAGAUGUUGAAAACAAUAUUGGGUUUAAUGGCAAUAAGCUUAGCAACCUAUAUUUUAGGUCCACCUUUGUAUUGGCAGUUAAUGGAAGGCAUAGCUGCUUCUUCUUCUUCAGUUACUACUUGCCCUCCUUUAGAUUGUGCUAAGCGUGAUCCAGAUGUUGGUGAAGACACAGAAAAGAACUUUGCUGACUUGUUGUCGGAGGAACUUAAAUUGCGAGAAUCUGAGGCCUUGGAAAAUCAACAGAAGGCUGACAUGGCACUUCUUGAAGCAAAAAAGUUGACAUCCCAAUAUAUGAAAGAGGCAGUCAAGUGCAAUUUUGGAAUGGAGACAUGUGAAGAGGCAAGGGAAAAAACUGAUGUAGCUUUAUUGGCACAAAAGAAACUGACUGCUACGUGGGAGAUGAGGGCACGUCAAAAAGGAUGGAAAGAAGGGGCAGCCAAAUCUCACACUCAGUCUCAGGGAAAUGUACAGACUAUGUAACAUCCCCAUGGCCUCAAGUAGCAUAUCUCCACUUGAUCUGGUUCCAGGUUCUGGUGGCAACAAAGUUGUCUAUAGUUAAGUCUCAGCUCCAAAAGGCGUUGUCAUACUAAUGGAUUCCAUCUGUUUUGAACCAUACACCCAAGUUUAGUGUA